GCCUUUCCCGCUCCAGCCGCCGCGCGCUGGCCGUGGCGUGCGCGCUUGCCUGGCCAGCCUUCCGCAGGUCCUCCCGGCCCCGCCGUCAGUCCGCCGGCAAGAUGGCGGCGCCCAGCGAGCCCACGGGCUUCCCUCGCAGCAGUGCCUUCUCCUUCCUGCCCCGCGGCGCGCGCUCCGAGAUGACCGAUGACUUGGUGACUGAUGCGCGGGGCCGUGGCACAGGGCAUAGAGACUCCGCCGCCUCGGCCUCGACCCCGGCCCCGGCUUCGGCCUCGGCCCCGGCGCCGCCAGGUUUGGAGCACGGGAAGCGGCCGUGCCGGGCCUGCGUGGACUUCAAGUCGUGGAUGCGAACCCAGCAGAAGCGGGACACCAAGUUUAGGGAGGACUGUCCACAGGAUCGGGAGGAAUUAGGUCGUCACACCUGGGCUUUCCUCCACACGCUGGCCGCCUAUUACCCGGACAUGCCCACCCCAGAACAACAGCAAGAUAUGGCCCAGUUCAUACAUUUAUUUUCCAAGUUUUACCCCUGCGAGGAGUGUGCGGAAGACAUAAGGAAGAGGAUAGGCAGGAACCAGCCAGACACACGCACCCGGGUCUCCUUCAGCCAGUGGCUCUGCCGCCUGCACAAUGAGGUGAACCGGAAGCUGGGCAAGCCUGUCUUUGACUGCUCACGAGUGGAUGAACGGUGGCGUGACGGCUGGAAGGACGGCUCCUGUGACUAGAAGACUGUCGGCAGAGCACGCGGGGCAGGCACCCAGCCACGCUCCGUGGGCAGCCUGGCUGGAGGGACAGCCUACUGAUUAAAGUGUAUCUGAGCCAAAGCUUGUUUGGGUGGUAGGGGGAGGGGUCCCUGGGACACUGCCAAUGGGAACCCUACCCACAGGAUUAAGAAAUGGAGGUGCCCACUACAGACACUUUGGUGGCCUCACCUAAAGCCCCAUGGGACUGAAGAGGAGAGAGGCAGUAGUCCAGGCUACCCCAAACGCUUUAUAAUGCAGCCCCAGCCUCUUGCCCAUUAUACACUUGGGACCUAGUUACCCUAUAGGAAGAUAGGCUGGACCAUUGCCCUCCUACUGCAUAUCCAGGAGUGCCUACAGAGCUGUGACCGAGGCGGCUCUGCCAUUUCAGAAUUGAAGCGUGGUACUGAGCUGUCUGUGCUGUGCUCUGUCCGCAGCUCUAGUAGGGUUCUUCUCUUGGGGUGUACCCACCAUACUGCCCAUUGCCUGCCUGCCACAUGGUCUUCCACAGCUGUGACAUGCCUGUCAGCAGGUGAUCCUGAACAUCUGCUUCCUUAGAGUUUGAGACCAAAAUAAAAUGAAGUGACUCAGG